AUGCAACAAAUUAAAGCUCACGAUCUCCAUAGGAAAAUCGUCAGCAUAAUAAUUCCCAGACGAGAUACCAAUCCAACUCGUUGUCCAUGCAUAAAACUCCUAGGCCGAAACAUCAAAAUUGUGCGGAAUCUCAAUUAUUUAGGGGUAGUAUGGGACCAAGGUCUCACCUGGAUUCCGCAUAUCAUGGAAACCAGAAACAAGACGUCAAUUAUCGCCCGCAUAGCAAGACAAUUUCAAGGUCGCAACUGGGGCCAAAACCCCCACAUCCAAAAAGUGCUAUACCUCACAGUUGUAGAAAAAAUAGCUUUAUAUGCUGCAGUGAUCUGGGCGCAGCCAAUGGGUACUCGCAAGAUCAGGCAACUUACAACGCUACAACGCCCCUUCGCCCUACAAUUAAGCAAAGCCUACCGCACAAUCGCCACCAGUGCAGCAACAGUUCUAGCCGGCAUAUUACCACUCCAUAUAAAAGCAGAGAUGGAGGCAACUUUUACUAAAUUGAUCCACCUACGCAAAGAUGCAACUUUCGCAAAUACCAGCUACAGUCCAGUCCAGUUCGAACGUCCCUCCACUUCUACCCAUACUCAUCCAGCUCUCAGAGGAAGUGGAACCCACAUCAAAAUUGACAAGCAACAGACUCACACCUCGACACACGCACCACGGAAUGGGAACCAGAUCUACACAGACGGUUCAAAGCAGGAGAAUGGUGUAGGCAGUGCUUUUGUGCACUAUGAGAAUGGCAAAACUGUACACGACUGGCAAGGACAACUUCGCACUCACAAUAGCAUCUUCCAGGCGGAAGUACUGGGAAUUACGGCAGCAGUGCAACAUCUCAUAGAUUGCCAGAUCCCACGAGCAAAUAUCUAUACCGAUAGCCUUUCAACUUUACUUGCACUUGAGAACCAUCAUCAUGUCUCACCUCUCAUACUCAGUCUCCAACAUCUCCUUAUGCAAACACCUCAUUACCAUCUCAAUCUAGUCUGGGUUAAAGCCCAUGCGAAUAAUGAGGGCAACGAGGCUGCUGACACGUUGGCCAAAGAUGCAAUUUCCAACCCGACAGCCCAACCCAUCACCGUACCUGCGCCCUGCUCUUAUCUAAAGGGCCUCCCACGAGAGCAAGGAAUGCACCAAUGGCAACGUGAGUGGACCGAAUGCGAGACAGGCAGACGGACUUUCACCUACCUCCCGAAAGUUUCCGCCGAUCGACUCUUUGCCGUAGCACCUCUCACCUACUUCAUCACGGGUCAUGGCCCGUUUCCCAGCUAUUACAAUCGCCACGGCAUCUCAAAUAUAGAUAUCUGUGUCUGUGGAUCAGAAGGGUCACCAGACCAUUACGUAUUUGAAUGUCCUUUGACGGCUGCACACCAUCUUCCGCUACCUACAAAUAAUAGGAACGCCUAUCACCGGUUCCUUAUAACGCAUAAAGGAGCGGUUAAUUCAAUCUCCAGCAUCAUGAAUACCAUCGCGGCAUUGGGCACAGACCUUUGCCUACCGUGCUAA